AUGUCAGCUAGAGAUUACUACAGCGGCUCUGAGGGCCAGAGCGACAACUACAACCAACAGCAAGGUGGUUACAACCAACAGCAGGGCGAGUACAACCAACAGCAAGGUGGCUACAACCAACAACAAGGCCAACAACAAGGUGGCGAUGGUGAAAGAGGUUUGUUCACGGAUCUUGCUGGUGCCGCUGCCGGUGGUUACGCUGGUGGCAAGAUCAGCGGAAACCACAGUACACUGGGUAAGAUUGGUGGUGCUGUAGCUGGUGCGUUUGUUGCUCACAAGGCUAGUGACAAAUGGGACGACCACAAGCAACAGCAGCAGCAGUUUGGUGGCCAAGGCCAAGGUCACCAUGGGGGAAGAGAACAAGGUGGCAGAAAUGGUCCUCCAGGUGGUGGAUUUGGCGGUCCAGGAGGCCCAGGAGGCCCACCACCACCAGGUGGAUUUGGAGGUCCAGGAGGUCCAGGAGGUCCAGGAGGCCCAGGAGGCCCAGGCGGCUUUGGCGGUCAACAAGGUGGCUUUGGUGGUCAACAAGGAGGCUUCGGUGGUCAGCAAGGAGGUUUUGGUGGUCAACAAGGUGGUUAUGGUGGUCAACAAGGUGGCUACGGUGGUCAACAAGGUGGAAGAUGGUAA